GGGCAGGGGAGGCAGGCUAGUGUGAAAACCUGGGUGUGGGUAACUGAACGAAGUGAACUCGAAGAAGGUGGAUGUUGGGAGGACGGAGGACAUCCAGGAAGAAAAGGAGAACAGAAGGAGCUGGCUCUAGGAAAAUCUGACCAUGGCCAUAGAUUGCCAUGAAGAUCAAGAGCAGGCCUCCAUUCCGGCUCUGGAAUACCCACUCAAGGUGUAUCAGUGUGAAGGCACGGGCGGUAGCAAGAAAGGAGAUGCUGGGACGCAGGGGCAUCUGCUAACACAUGACAAUGGACCCUGGGCUAAGAUGAUGUCACAGGGCUCUGCAACAGAAAGGAAGGAGGGCUUGUCUGUCGGGUUCUCCAUCAUUGCACAGCCUGAGUGUGAGAAUAAUCAGGAGAUUUGUCCCAGUUCCCAAAAACCUCAGAUCUAUAAUCAAUACAGUCGUUCAGAGAGCUUUGACCACAUCCCAAAUAAUGUGGCCCAGUCUACAGAGAGCAGACUGACACCAAAGGCAUCGAGUACAAGGGGAAAAGGGAAAAAGGCAAAAAAAAAGAGAGGUGGAAAGGAUGGAGAACGAAAGAUUGAGCGUCGACGCCAGUGUUCACCUGAGGAGGAAAUGCGGGCCCCUAUCCCUGUACAGGAUGAGGAAACCCAGUCACAUGCAAGGUUUACUGGGUUAUGUAAGGCUGAUGAGAAGAAACAUCUUGAUUCUAUCAAACAGCUUAACAGAACAACCACUGAAUGCCCAUCUCAGGACUUAUCAUCAUUUAAAAAAGAUGGCAUAUGGAUGAACCAGAAGCUCAUCAGUCCUGACCAGUUCUUAUACCAUGUGGGGGCAGGAAAGCUGCCCCCUGCCAACCUUUCACAAACCUUGUAUUCCCCAGACUCCAAAAUCCUUGGUAUUAUUCAUGAUCUAGGAAUGGAUAAAUUGGGACAUGACUACAGUUUAAAGAGUGACUCUUUCAAAUUUGAAGACCCCUUUGUAGACUCACAUAACCAUUCUGUGGAAGAAUGUAACCUAGAAGCUGUGAGGGGAAGUGUGAUCAAAGGCAAGAUAGAACUUCUAGAAGGUCUAGCCAAAGACUGGGCGAAGAAAAAAAAUGAUGAAAAUGACAACGACAAUGAGGGCAUUCUGCUAACGAAGGACAUUAAGCCAGUGGACUAUGAAUACAAAGAGAACAUUCACUGGAAACAAUGUGGAGAGAAGCUAGGAUCUGGCUCGUUUGGGGAUGUUGUUCCAGCAAAAGAUGAGAGCUCUGGAUUUCUCUUUGCAGCCAAAAAGAUAAGCGUAGACAAUUUUCGAGCUGAAGAGAUAACUUGCUGUCUUGAGGUCAAAUCUCCUAGGCUUGUCCCAAUGUACGGGGCAGUCCGUGAAGGACGUUGGAUCACAGUACUCAUGAAAAUAAUGAAAGGAGGAUCUCUGGGUCAGAAGAUCAAAAAAAUGGGUUACCUUCCGGAAGAUUUGGCCCUAUACUACCUGGAACAAGUACUAUGUGGCCUGGAACAUCUUCAUGCUGCAAACAUUGCACAUGGAGAUAUUAAAGCUGAUAAUGUACUCCUGUCUGAAGAUGGCAAAGAAGCCUGCUUAUGUGAUUUUGGAAAAUCUUCCAAGUUCUCACCGGGAAUAUUGAAGAAACCACUGAUGACGGCUGACUAUGUUCCGGGCACGGAGACACACAUGGCCCCUGAGAUCGUGCGGGGAGAACCCUGUGACACAAAGAUUGAUAUAUGGAGCACAGGUUGCAUGAUGCUUCACAUGAUGAAUGGCUGGCAACCAUGGACCCGUACGCACAAACCACCCCUGUGCCUGCAGAUUGCCAAAGAGUCCCCACCUCUACAGGAGAUACCUACCAGUUGUGAUCCAAUUACACAGGAGGUCAUUGUGGCAGCAUUGGAGAAAGACCCAAUGCAAAGGAUGACUGCAACUCAGCUCAAGGAAAAAGUGAAACAGACACUGUGCAAAAAGGGAGGUCUGAAGUCUCCAGUGAUAACAGAAUACAAAACCCCUCGAAUCUUCCCAUGCCCUCUAACUGGAUCAUCAAAAAAUCUGCUUCCAAAGCCAAAGCUGGCCACACAGAAAUCCAGAAUAAUUCCAAAUUCCUUCAAGAAAGAGUUGAUGGGAGACACUCCAUUCCCGUAUGGGGGAAAAAAUGUGGCUCACGAGGAAACAUCUUUUGAACUGGAAAUACAAGAGUUGGAGAAAGGUCUUUUAAGGGACAGCUUCUGUCAAACAAUCCAUCUGAGGGACCCACAACAAAUGUUGGGAAGUGAGAAGAACUUAGAGCCCAUUCACAGCCUCAAGAACUCGUGUGACACAGGAAGUUCUGGGUUUGAUUCUUGGAAAAGCCAAAUGGACACAAUGAGUUGUAACAGCGGCUCUAUACUCAGUGGAGGAAAUACAAUUACUCCCAGUUGGUUUAAUGGGGUGAAAGUUUCUCUACAGACACUCAGUGAUGAGACUUUGUACAUCUUGGAAUCCGGCCAGAAACAGCUGGGAGAUCUGGCCAUUGGAAUCAGCAGUCAGAUCCCCGUAAACGCUUUCACCAUUGUGACUACAACCGGGAAACCAAUCCCUUGGGAUACACAGAUUUCCGAGUGCGGAACUAAUCUCCAGUGCUCCUUAGCCUUAGACUACAGCGGUGGAGGCUGGACUUGGAGGGUAAAGCAAGGGGAGCUGGAGAAAGGUCCUUCGGGAUAGGAUAGGACAUCUUUGUGAAGACAAGAUUGACGUUUGUUGGGGAAAAGCAUCAUGAUGAUGCAGAUAAUUGGACAUUAUCGUCUUUCACCUCUUCAUGUGCCUUAUGUUUCUCACUAAGCAAUAUUUCAAACCAGGAUGGAAAAGGGGAACUUUCCCAGCUGUUGCCCUACCUUUUGAUCUCUGCUAUUCUAUAUCUAUAUGGCACUUGGCACCUGCAAAGAUGUGGCAAUUAUACAUUGUGUUAAGCACAAUGUUCUGUAUUUGAGGGUCCCAAUUAACUGAACUAUAAAAGAAGAAAAAAAA